UGUUCUGGAAUAUUUUUCAACUUUUGUAAAUUGUAAAGCAGAGAGAAGACUGAAGUUCUAUCUGACAUUGGAGACUUUAUUUGAGGCAUCAGAACAUAUUGAAUUGGACAACAUUUUCGGGAGUUGAUAUUAUCAGUAGUGUUAGGGCUGGAUCCACGCAGUGACACCAAGGUGGGAUAACGGAUCAUGCUCCGCACAGCUUUUUGGCCACAUCACAGGUGGUGUAAUACUAUCUAAAUCAGAUAGAGAAAUAAUUCAUUUUACAAUAAACUGGACCAGAGGCUCAGCCAGAGACCACUGAGAGCAACACUUUCUAACAAGUCAAAUGGCAGAGGAAUACGAACAGGCAGAAUUUAUCAAAGAUCAGCUAUACUUUGCUACUCUUCGUGUCAAACCAAAGAACACUGCAAACACACACUUCAGCACAGAUGAAGAGUUCAUCUAUGAGAGUUUCUAUGCAGACUUUGGACCCCUUAAUCUUGCCAUGCUCUACAAAUACUGCUGCAAACUCAACAAGAAGCUCAAGUCCUUCACAAUGUCUAAAAAGAAACUGGUCCACUACACCAGCUAUGACCAGAAGAAGAGAGCCAAUGCUGCUUUUCUCAUCACUGCCUACUCUGUUAUCUAUUUGAAAAGGAGUCCAGAUGAAGCCUACAGGACUCUAAUUUCAGGAAAUAAUACAGCCUACCUGCCAUUCAGGGAUGCAGCAGUGGGAGAGUGUACCUUCAACCGCACUGUCUUGGACUGCUUACAGGGAUUACGUAAGGCAUUACAGCAUGGCUUCCUGGAUUUUGAAACUUUCAGUACUGAAGAAUAUGAACAUUAUGAGCGAGUUGAAAAUGGAGACAUGAAUUGGAUCCUCCCAGGAAAGAUUCUGGCAUUCAGCAGCCCUCAUGCUCGAAACAAGGUAGAGAAUGGUUAUCCUCUCCAUGCACCUGAGACGUAUUUUGAAUACUUCCGCCAAAACAAUGUGACUGCUGUGGUUCGCUUGAACAAGAAGUUGUAUGAGAGCAGACGGUUUGAGCAUGCAGGAUUCGAACACCAUGAUAUCUUCUUCAUGGAUGGCUCGACACCCUCUGACCUGAUCAUUAGACGCUUCCUGCAUGUGUGUGAAAGCACAGAAGGAGCUGUAGCCGUGCACUGUAAAGCUGGCUUGGGGCGUACAGGCACCCUGAUCGCCUGCUAUCUGAUGAAGCACUUUCGGUUCACCGCAGCUGAGGCUAUUGCUUGGAUCAGAAUCUGCCGACCUGGGUCAAUAAUCGGUCCCCAGCAGAACUUCUUAGAAGAGAAACAACACAGCUUGUGGGUACAGGGAGACGUGUAUCGCUCCAAACAGAAACUCGCCCAGCAGAGGUUCAAUCGGCAGCACCAGCAUCGACAGCUGCCCCAUCUGCCCAGCUCUGACCCGGUAACACAGGGCAAACAAGAAGCAAUGUCACAUCUAGUGUCAAGCAUGAAUGAUCUGUCAAUCAAAACCACUCUGUGCAAAUCCUACAGUUUGGAUGAAAGUAACUGUAAAGAAACCAGUCUAACCCAGGGAGACAAUCUAAGAGCCCUGAAAGGAAAACGGACACCAGGGUCAGCUUCUUCCUCCUCCAGGUUGAACACAUCAAAGGCGUCCCACUGUUCCAUCGUCCCUCCCCCUAAGUUACCUAAAAUCACCCUUUCACUCCCUCCAUCUUCUUCUAAGAAGCUUAUACGAGGCUCCUCCACCGUCACACAGAUCAAGAGCCCCUUCAGCCUCAGUCUAUUUAACACCAGGCCUGCACUGAUUUACUGAACUCAACCUGAAGAAUAAUGUUACAGUUCUGACAGUGAACACAUCACAAAACUGGAUCCGCAAGAAUCUGGGAAGGCCUUAAACAUCGUUAGCAUAAGGUUUAUAUGUAAUUAAAAGACAUCAUUGUUUUGUGAGAACGUUCCAUUAACAGUUCAGAUGAUAAGAAUUGUUUUCAUAAAACGGAGCACUUUCCCUCCAUUACCAAUGAACAGCUAGUGGUUUUACACUGAACUUUAAAACCUCAAUCUACUGUGACACUGACCAUGACAUCUGGACUGCUGCUAUAAAGCCUCUCCAUUCCUCCAAGUGCUCACAGAAACUUCAGUGGAGCUCAAAAACAACACAACUGAAACCUCCCAACUUCUCCUGCAUCCAAUGUAGUGGACCAUUUCCACAAGUUGUCUUGUGUGUGCAUUGGUGAAUGUCACUCUAGUGUAAAAGCGCAAAAAUAACAACAAAAAAAACUUUUCUAAAUAAGUUUUAUUUUUUUAUUUUUUUAUGUUGGUUGAUGUCCUGGGACAUUUUAGGCACCCAACAGUUGUGAGUUGGGUUUGUGGACUUUGUUUUAGCAUUUGACAAUCCAAAGUUUCAAACAUGUUAAUCUGAUACAUUCAUGUCAAGACAAAUGUACAGGUCCUUCUCAAAAUAUUAGCAU